AUGGUUGGAGCAAUUGUAACUUCACCCUUAGAUGUAGUUAAAACGCGAUUACAGUCAUCAUAUUAUCAAUCAUCAUCAAAUAAUUUGAAUAUAACAAAACAAACUGGUCGACACAUACCAGUUUUAGGACAUUUUAUCGAAACUGGAAAAAUUUUAAUUGGUGUGUAUCGUAUUGAAGGACCACGAGCAUUAUUCAAAGGUUUAGGACCGAAUUUAGUAGGAGUUGUACCAGCAAGAGCAAUUAAUUUUUUUACAUAUGGAAAUGGAAAAAGAAUUUUGAUAGAAUUAAAUGAUGGAAAAGAAACUUCAUUAAUACAUUUAACAGCCGCAAUUACAGCAGGAAUUACUACAUCCACCGUAACCAAUCCAAUAUGGCUUGUAAAAACGCGUAUGCAACUUCAAAGUUCCAAUAAAUCACCACAAACACUCACCAAAUACAAAAACUCGCUUGAUUGCAUAAGAAAAGUUAUUAAAAACGAAGGAUUCAUAGGGUUAUAUAAAGGAUUAAGCGCUUCAUAUCUAGGUGUGGCGGAAAGUACAAUACAAUGGGUUUUAUAUGAAUCAUUCAAGUCAAAAUUUGCGGAAAAAAGAGAAAAAGAGCGAAUAAAUAAAAGAAACAGUUCUGGUAGUCUAGUAACGCAGCUAGAUAAUAAUUUUAAUUGGCGUUGGAUAGAUAAUUUGUUAGCAGCUGGUUCAGCUAAACUGAUGGCAGCUUGUAUUACUUACCCACAUGAGGUAAUUAGAACACGUAUGAGACAAUUACCAGGUGAAAAUGGUGUGCUUAAAUAUAAAGGAUUAAUCCAAUGUAUCAAAACAGUAUUUAAAGAAGAAGGAUUUAAAGCAUUUUAUGGUGGUAUGAGUGCACAUAUGAUGCGUGUUGUACCAAAUGCUGCAAUUAUGUUCUUUUGUUAUGAAUCAAUCUUAAGUUAUAGUGGUGUAAAUCAAAAGAGGUAG